GGCGCGGGUGCUCCUGGGAUAGAUGAUUCUCAAUAUGUCGGAGGAGAACGUAGUGGGCGAGUUGUCCCACGAGACUUCUGCUCGUGAUCAUGUCGAUUACGGUGAACCACCACAACUCAGUAAAAAUCUUCCAAAAUUAAGCGAGCUCAGCGAAGCCUUUAUACCAUGGGAAAGUGUCAAACUUCCCACAGAUGUUCUGCUUGUUACGGUAAAAGAUUGGGAGUUUUUAAGUUGUUACCAUUUUCUCAGAAACCCACAUGAAAGUCACUGUCUGGGACUCGGGAUUGUGCACUUUGGAGACAUGGGUGAUGCUAAACAUAAAUUGAAUGUUUGCUUGUUGAGGUGCUUUGAAGGUGCAACCGGUCCUGGUGCAGCCCUAAGUAAGGUGAGCACUGCCAUCAAAAUAUUACAACCAAAAGCUGUUUUUUGCGUCGGGUUUUGUGGCGGUCUCUCUUACGAAAAAGUCAAGUUAGGAGAUGUCGUGAUCUCAAAGAAGAUAAUCACAUAUGCGCAUAAAAAAGUCAUGAACGACCGAGAGCAACCUCGUGGUUAUGUGGCUCCUGUUAGCAGUUAUAUGGCUGACCUCAUCAGACACGCUGCCAGCGGAUGGAAGCCUCCAAUAACGAAGAAGCCGGAAGUAAAUCGGGAGCCGGUUGUGCACUGCGAUGCUGUAAUUUUGAGCGGCCCAGAGCUUGUGAAUUGUGGGUGGCGACGGGAGGAACUCCUUGAUAAAUAUUCUGAAGCGAUCGCAAUCGAGAUGGAGGGUGAAGGUAUUUUUGCUGCUGCUUUUGAUCUCAAGAUGGAGUGGGUUGUUGUGAAAGGUGUAUCAGAUUAUGCUGAUGGCAACAAGUCAAAAACUGAAGCAUGGCAACCAUUUGCAAGUGUCAUGGCAGCAUCAGUUGUGGCAAACAUUUUGAAAUAUCCUGGUAUACUCAAAGAUUGGCAGCACUACAAGGGGGUGAAUCAUUCACAGUCAGGAAGAAAAUGGUGCACACCUAUUGGUCAAUUGAUGGCGUUUGUGGUACUGCUUAUUGCCAUUGGAAUCAUGUACUUCUCUCUUCCUCCAUUGCCUCCAAAAGAGCAUGUGGGUGCAAAGGGGUUUGACACGCAUCAAGGUUCUGGACCACAACGUGAUGAUCCAGUGGCUAUUUUACUUCAAUCCAUCACUGGAGGACCAUCAGGCCAGGUGAAUUACAAGGAUCGUACAAUAAGCUACAGGGCAAAAGGUCGAGUUCACUCCCUGGAUGAACCGUGGGUUUACGAUGGUACAGCCUGGGACAUUGAAAGUGGAAUAAAAGCUAAAGUUAAGCACUAUAAGCAAAGUGAAGAUGCUGUUAAAGAUGCUGUGUCAGAGGUCAUAAAGAAACUUAGAGAACAGGGAAUAAUUAAAGACUGAUUUGCCUUUUUGGUUUCCACCACACAGUACAAUUUGUAUGUACAAAAUAGCUUGUAAUAGUAGACUAAGAUACUUGGUUACUGUCGCAACUUUAAAGUGUUUGAUCAGCACUGAAGAUUUCUCAAACGAUAUGCUGCAAUUUGUUACGGGGAAAUUUAGUGAUUUUUCCGUGUGUUUAUUUGGAUCAUAUCUACGCAUAAACUUUUCAAGUUAACCAUUUUCGCAAAUUGCAAAAAUAUAGAAAAGCCACAGUAGUUUUUGAAUUACUAACUAUUACAUUUUGCUUGUUACUUUGUCUUUCAUCAUCUCUGUACGUCGGUACUUUGAUGACCAUUACUGUUGAAAUUGCAUGUAAGUAGAAGUGUCAAUGCUCUCUUUGGUAAUACAAAUAUAAGUGUUGAUGAUC